CAGCCCGUGAUUCCCUGUGAGCACCUGGCGUUCACAGAUCUCUUCCCUGUCAGCUCCUGCACACUGCUUUGUAUGGCUUUGCAUAGCAGAGCCAGUGUAAAGCACACACACACAGUAAAGCAGCACACAGUUAACCCUUUGAUCGCCCCACAUGUUAACCCUAUCCUGCCCAGUGCCAUUAGUACAGCAUCAGUGCUUUUUUUUUAUUAGCACUGAUCACUGUAUUGGUGUCACUGGGGAUGUCAGUGACACAAAGUCAGUUCUCCCCCAGUGUCUGAAUGCCCGCCGCAUUCCUGCUAUAAGUUGCUGA